AUGGCCUCCCGCCUUCUUCCCAUCCGUGGGCUUGCUGCGGAUGCCGAAUCGGGUGACUUCAGUGAUGUCAUGAAGUUCUGCGCAGGUGGCAGCCACAGCCCCACCUCAGGCAGCCGGCCUCGCCCAAAUCUCGCCAGCGCUGUGGGGGAGGUUCCAGAGUUGGACGCCCUCAAGGGCGUGCUGCAGCGCUUCCUCGCACAAGAGCAGGCCCAUCUCGUCCGCCGCGUCGCUGAGCUGGAGGAGGGGAUGCUCGAGGUGAUGCGGGGGACGGUUGAACCUCCAGUGCCUGUCGCCAACCUGCCCUCGCUUGCCUCUGGGCCCGCCGCCCGUGCUGCAGAGGCAGAGUUGAGCGUGUCGAUCCCCCUCGAGCGACCUGUGUUCCUGGCACCCGAUGCCGUCCGCUUUGAGGUUGGCCACAUCUCGGAAGCCAGUGGCCUCAAGCACCAUCAGCAUGUGACGAUUAGCCCGGCGCAUUCCGUGGCUAUGAGUCAACCGACCUCGCCUGGCAGCACUCGCCAUGGCGCGAUGCGGAACAGCUUGUCCUUCGCCGAGUCCAAGGAGAGCAGCACAACGGCAGGGCCGGCGCUGUGGCUUCCAACAAAGGAGGCUACGCACGAGGCCUUCAAUCGCCUGGCAGACAAGGUGGAUGGCAAUCCCAUCCAGAAGGCCUUCCGCAAGGCCUUGAGGAACAGUGGCCUGGAUCUGGAACCCAUGGCGGCAGCGAACACACGUUUCCCGGGCCUUCUGAGGUUCGUUCGCAGUCGGCCAUUCGUGGGCACCGUCAUGGCAUUGAUCGCCCUGAAUGCCAUCUUCAUUUGCAUCACAGCAGACCAAAACGUGCGAAGGGCAGCAGCCUUCUACGACGCGCGGUCGGCAGGCCGCGACUCGGGAUCAACUGCGCCACCACUUUGGCAAGAAGUCAUGGACAUAGGCUUCACCAGCCUCUUCACGCUGGAGCUCUUGCUGCGAAUCCUUGCAGAGGAGUGGUACUUCUGGGUCGGCCUGGAGUGGCGCUGGAAUCUGUUUGACACCAUCCUCGUCCUCUCCAUGCUCACCGACACGGUGCUGGUGCUGAUUGGACUUGACAUGAGCUACAUCCGGCUUCUUCGGCUCCUUCGUGCAUUGAGGAGCUUCCGCAUCAUCCGUGUGCUCCGCUUCUUCCGUGAGCUGCGUGUCAUGCUUUUGUCGAUCAUGAACUCGAUCGCCCCGCUACUAUGGGCGAUCGUGUUCCUUGCGCUGACCAUCGGUGUUUUCAGCAUCGUCUUUUUGCAAGGGGUGACCAGCUUCAUCCACGACGCCCUCUCCUCGAACGUGAGCAUUGAGGGUGUUCGCACGUACUACAGCUCCUUUCCCAUGGCUUCCUUCUCGUUGUUCAUGGCGAUUACCGGUGGCGACGAUUGGUGGAACCUCGUCAGGCCUUUACUGGAGAUCUCCGAGGUGUAUGCUGUUCUUUUCGUCCUGUACAUCUCGCUAAUGGUUCUGGGGGUCAUGAACAUCAUCACGGGCAUUUUCGUAGAGAGUGCCACAGAGCUGUCGCGCUUAGACCGAGACCUGGUCACCCAGGCAGAGCAAGAGCGAAUGGCUCUGUACAUGAAGGAGCUGCGAAAGCUUUUCAUGGAGCUGGAUACAAACCGAGAUGGGACCAUCACGCUUCAGGAGUUCGAGAGCUUUGCAGCCCGAGCCGAUGUACAGGCCUAUUUUUCCGUUCUGGAGCUGGACAUCACGAAGGCCGCUCAAGUCUUCCGUCUCCUCGACCUGGAUGGGAGCCACGAGCUGGAGCUUGACGAGUUCGUGAUGGGCUGCAUGCGACUGAAAGGCAUGGCCAAAGGGAUCGACCUCGAGACCUUGAUGUUGGAGUGCCGCAAGCUGGCCAGCUUGUUCAGCAAGCAUCGGAAGCUGACAAAGAGGCAGUUCGCUCGCCUCGAAGAGAUGAUGGCGGCGGGGCAGCGUGAACACCGAGCGGCAGUGCAUGAACUGGCAGGCUUGGUCGCCAGCAAGGUGGAUACUUCGGCCUUGUGA